CCUUUAAAGAUCACAUGACAGAAAUAUUUCUUCAAUUUCACAUGUUAUGAGAAUUAUUGUCAAAUUUCAAAAUUUAGAAGGAGAUUUAGAAGGUGGUACAUGGAUUUAACCAUGGCUUAGCAGUUUGCCGGGACAAUCAUGCCAGAAGGGCCAAGCAGAGAAAUGCUCAUUGACAGACAGAAACUGGCAUCGCUAAAGACAUGAGCGAUCAUCCUGUCCCCCCAACAAAGCCGCUGAAAACAAGUGCAGCUUGUAUCAGAAUACUUGCAGCUUUCGUUCUAAAGCAGCAAUGGCGAUUCCUGUAUCUCGGACUAGAAAGAGCGGUUCUUUCAAGCCGCUAUUGGAGUUCAUACCUAGGAAAGCUGCUAUUAUCCUCCGCCGUUCGUAGAUUUUCUUCAAAUGCCGUCCAUGCUCAAUUAUAGAGGGUUGGAUUCAUUGGGCUUGGAAAUAUGGGUUUUCAUAUGGCAAAUAAUUUAAUUACUGCUGGGUACAAACUGACUGUCAAUGACAUUGAUCAGACUGCUAUGAAGAAGUUUUCAGAUUGUGGAAUAUCCACCGUAGAAACGCCUUUUGAAGUGGCAGAGUCAAGUGAUGUUAUUAUUACCAUGCUUCCCUCGUCUUCACAUGUAUUGGAUGUUUAUACCGGACAAAAUGGAUUGUUAUAUGGUGGAAGUCAAUUAAAGCCUUGGUUGUUUAUUGACUCAUCUACAAUUGAUCCCCUCACUGCAAGAAAUCUAUCAAUGAACAUUUCUCAAUGUCUUCUGAAAGAGAAAAAAGGGACCGCUGAUAGACCAUUCAUGUUGGAUGCUCCUGUUUCUGGAGGCGUUCCAGGUGCUGCAGCUGGGACUCUUACUUUCAUGGUUGGCGGAUUGGAGGAUGCUUACCUUGCUGCGAAGCCACUGUUUCUUGCAAUGGGUAAAAACACUAUUUAUUGUGGCGGGCCUGGAAAUGGCGCUGCUGCAAAAAUAUGUAAUAAUUUGGCAAUGGCUGUAAGCAUGCUUGGGGUCUCUGAGGCUCUUGCUCUUGGCCAGCGUUUAGGGAUUGCAGCAAACACACUUACUAAUAUAUUUAACUCCUCAAGUGCUCGCUGUUGGAGCAGUGACAGUUAUAAUCCAGUCCCAGGAGUUAUGGAAGGAGUACCUUCUUCAAGGAGCUAUAAUGGUGGCUUUUCAUCAAAACUUAUGGCCAAAGACUUGAUGCUGGCAAAGGCUUCAGCAGAAGAGAUCCAGCAGAAGUGUCCUCUCACAUCAGAAGCGCUCAAUAUAUAUAUGGAAAUGUGCAGUAAGGGAUAUGAAUCCAAAGACUUUUCAUGUGUCUUCAAACAUUACUAUUCUGGCAUGGAGAACUUGUAGUGAGUAUGUGUAUGAGCAUCAUAGUGUCCUGAUAAACCCUUUUACUUGAAAUGAUAAUAUAUAAUUGGACACAAAACUCUCAACAACUAAGCUAUUAAGGAGGUGGUACUCGAAUUGUUAGGCACAUUAGAGAUGGCUAGAGUCUCGUAUAAUAUCCCCUGACCAUCCGUAAAAAGAAUAUGUAUAUAUAGAUAGAUAGAUUUAUAUGUGUUUGUGUGUGUGUUUGAAGAUUAUUUGAUUCUUAGCUCAAUUGAAUCAAUCAUUUUGUAGUCAA